GAGAGAUGCCGCCACCGCUCUUGUUUUGCCACUAAUAAUGGCGGUGUGCAUGCAAAAAGUUGGGUCGGACGCCGGUGUGUUUCGACCAUUUCUUUCUCUGCAAGUUCGUUAUAUUUUUCCGACGCUACACUAGACCGUCCCUAUGGAGAGUCCAGAGAGCUGGCUUCCCAUUCCCCGCACCUACGAUCCGCUGAAGGCGGGCAGUAUCGACGGAACAGACGUCAAACCCCACGACCACGGCGUCGUUCGGGCACUGGAGGCCACCUACAAGCCGAGCAAGUACAUCAAAACGGACCCCAAGCUGACCCUUUUCGUUGGAAGGCUGAACCCAACGACCAGUGAGGAGAGGCUACGGGAGUUCUUCGCUCACUACGGGGAAGUGCGGAGCUGCCGCCUGGUGAGGGACAUCAUCACGGGCUUCUCCAAGUGCUACGCCUUCGUCGAAUACUACGAGCUCAGGGAUGCGCUCGCCGCUAAUGACGCAAACCAGGAGUACAUCGAUGACUACCGGAUCUUCGUCGACUUCGAGCGAGAAAGAGUCCUUCCAGGCUGGGUGCCUCGGCGCCUAGGCGGCGGCUUCGGGGGCAAGAAGGAGUCCGGCCAGCUGAGGUUCGGCGGCCGAGACCGCCCCUUCAAGAAACCCAUCGUCGUCAACAACCGCCAGGGGGCACCCUUUCCGCGCUCGGCGGACUUCCCGUCCGCACCUCGCGGCUACUCCGGGGGCUACGGCAACCGCGGAAGAGACCCGGACCGACCCGACCACUCGCACGGAGACCGCAAGGACGAGUUCUUGCGACGGAAGCGGAUGGAAUACGAGCGGUCUCGCGGGCGGCAGGACGAGGACCGCAGCGACGGCCGCCAGGAACGGAGGCCACAGUGGCAGCAGCGCGAAGGCGACGGUCAGCGGAGGCCGGCGGAAGAUCGGUAUCCGUACGGCAGGAGAGACGACUACCGUAAAGGUGGUUCGACUCAGAGGUAGCUAAAAUGUCGGAGGACACUCGCAGUGGCGUCGGUUGACUGUGGAGAAAAAGGAAAGAUAAGGCAUUGAGGAUACAAGACAAUACAGCACCUAUAUUUUCUCCUGGAAUCAAUCGAUGAAAAGGAGGUCUGGAAAAGAAAAAGCUGUGAAACAGCUUGACGGAUUCUCGGCCCUCUACAGUGGCACAAGAACAGCAGCUCGGGAAAAGGAAAACAACAUGUUGGGUUGUCAUACUGCACAUUCAAUCAAAAAUUAAAAUACAACGAAAAAAAGAAAGAACAUGCAAUUUUGUCACGAUAUCCAAUUGAAUCACAAACACAUAUUAAUGAUGCACUCAUAAAUUUCAUAGUUAAUGGUAAGAGAUUGCAUGUUGAGGUUGUGACUGGUAAAAUUGUUAAGUAAACGUUUAAGAGUAUACUUUAACGUAGGAUAGGAUGACGUAACUUUAGUUGUGUUGUAUCAAACAAUAGUACUCGCCAAGUAAGCCUAUUUUGUGUUCUGAGCUGCGAACUUGAGGCUCUUUCCUUCAUUGAGGAGAGGGUGAGUUUCUUAUUACGAGCUCAGAAUAAAGCUUUUGUUACCUGAACUGUUUUCGUUUUGCUCGUUUUGUGCUUUCUUACUGUUACAUCUGUUCCAACACGCUCGUCAAAAUUUUCUGAGCGGUGAAUUUAUUAUAGUUUUAAUGAUGCCCUGUUUAACUUCUGCAAUGAUGUGAAUGAGGGAUAGCCUGUGAUAAUCUAUGAUUAGCAUUGAAAAAUCGAUGGACCCUGGUAUUCAAUUAGCUUUACUGCUAUAUCAACUGUGAUACCAUGCAGGUGCCAUUUGCAUGUACCUCCAGAAGCAGAAGUGCAUUUAACCUGUGGAUUCUGAAGCCCUUAUUGACUUGGAACACAUACUAGGAAUCACAAUAUUUGGCGGCUCUAGCCACGUCCGUC